AGUCAAACUAGCUGACAAAAUUGAUCUGAAUGAUUUGUUCAUAAAUCUGAUUCAAGAACCAUCUCCAAUGUCAGAAUCGAGACUUGAAGUACUAAUAAAAUAAGGCUAAAUGUAAAUUAUGUGUAUUCUUUGUAAGAACUGAUUGACGAUAGCACACACAGGCCUAUAUCUGCAAGAUGUCUGUUAAAGAUCACUUGAUCUGGAAAGCAUCUGCUGUGUACAAACAUCUGUUAAAAGUCAGUUUUACAUAAGUUUUAAAUCAUAAACAUCUUAAAGACAUUUUCUAAAUGUCUACUUGAUUGGAAACAUUCUAUUAAUAUAUUGUAGAUGAGCAAAAACUCUAAUGAAUACGUCUCGCAGAUCUAAAUGAAGACGCCAAAUAAAUUCUGGUAAACCAACACUUCCAGGAGUGCAAAUUGGUCCAGUGCUUAGCUUGUUAUUCAAAGACUGAAGUUAUUCAAAAGCUUAAACAUGCAAUUUCUAAAGUUUCUAAUGAUUAUUUUCCCUAAUCUGUCCAGAAGCAAAACCUUGAAAUAUUCAAGUCAUGCAUCCAAUGGAAGACAUUGUGCCCAUGAUAGUGUUUUUCGCAGUAGCUGUUUUUGCGUUGAUCAUCUUCUACUGCCUGGUGAAAAGAUUAAUGAGACAUGCACAGCAUGUGCAAUCAAGAACUACAGUCACGACUACACAUCACCCACAAUACUCUCAUCACCAGCCUCUGGCUAAUAAUCUACAGCCAGCUUAUGGGGGGCAUCACAUUCUGACUGGACCAUAUCAGCAAACGUAUGUCCCGGGACCACCACCCACAUAUCAGGAGGCUGGUCUGUUUCCUGCUCCCGUCAGCCAGGCUGCAUAUGACGGUGGUCAGAUCAUGUAUCCUCUACAAGCACCGGUUCAACCAGCGCUUCCCACAGACUACACCUCACCUCAAGCACCACACAACCCUGCUUAUGUGGAAUCACCCAAGACCAGUUAGCCACGCCCCCAAAAUGCCCAGCUAUCAAUGCGGGAUCACAGAGAAUUGUUAGUUUCCACACUGCUUUGCCUUUGUGAACUGUGCAACUACUACAGACUCUGAUAAGACUGUGUUGAGAAUAAAAGUAUUACUG